AUGGCUUACAAGGGGGAAUUUCCAAAUGGUCAAGAAAUUGCAGUGAAAAGAUUGUCAAAAGAUUCUAGGCAGGGCGUUAUGGAAUUCAAGAAUGAAGUUCUCUUAUUGGCUAAGCUUCAGCACAAGAAUUUAGUUAGACUAUUGGACUCGGUCAGGCAUUCGGAUUUGGAUUGGGAUAGAGGCUACAAGAUCAUAGGAGGUAUUGCGAGGGGAAUCCUCUAUUUGCAUGAAGAUUUUUGUCACAAGAUCAUUCAUCGUGAUUUAAAAGCCAGUAAUAUACUUCUAGACAGAGACAUGAGUCCUAAGAUUGCUGAUUUUGGAAUGGCAAGAUUGUUCGGACAAGAUGAAAAAUUGAGAAAUACAAUCAGAGUUGUGGGAACAUAG